UCUCUCUCUCUCUGUGUGUGUGUGUGUGCCUGCCUGUCUAUCCGUAUCUACUCUCGGCUGGUUCGCUAUCUGCAGCCUUCAUGCCAUAGUCAACUGCCCGCCUCGCUUGAGCGUCAUUGGAUGCGCUUGACAGCUUCAGCUACCCGCACCCCGUCCCUCAGAACAUGGCAGCAAAGCGCAAGGCCUCGGCCAUCUCAGCCGGGCUAGACGAGGAGCCCAUCGACCCUUCCGAUGAGCUCCUCUUCAACUGCCUGGGUGGCGGAAACGAGGUCGGGAGAUCAUGCCAUAUAAUUCAAUACAAGGGGAAAACGGUCAUGCUCGAUGCCGGAAUGCACCCCGCAAAGGAUGGCUUUGCAGCCCUUCCGUUCUUCGACGAGUUCGAUCUCAGUACGGUAGACGUACUUCUCGUGAGCCAUUUCCACUUGGAUCACUCCGCUGCCCUCCCCUACGUCCUCAGCAAGACCAAUUUCAAAGGCAGAGUCUUCAUGACCCAUGCCACCAAGGCUAUCUACAAAUGGCUCAUCCAAGACAAUGUCCGAGUGAGCAACACCUCCUCCUCGUCUGACCAGAGAACUACCCUCUAUACCGAACAAGACCAUCUCUCUACUCUACCUCUCAUUGAAGCAAUAGAUUUCAACACGACCCAUACCAUCAACAGCAUCCGGAUCACCCCUUUCCCUGCCGGCCAUGUGCUUGGUGCAGCCAUGUUUCUCAUCUCCAUCGCCGGCCUGAAUAUCCUAUUUACUGGCGACUACUCUCGUGAAGAAGACCGUCACCUUGUAUCAGCAGAAGUUCCAAAGGGCAUCAAGAUAGAUGUCCUCAUCGCUGAAUCCACUUUCGGCAUCUCUUCCAAUCCACCCCGGCUGGAACGUGAAACCGCGCUGAUGAAAUCUGUCACAAGCGUCCUAAACAGAGGUGGACGAGUGCUAAUGCCUGUUUUUGCACUGGGGCGAGCCCAAGAACUGUUGCUGAUCCUGGAUGAAUACUGGGGUCGCCAUCCUGAACUGCAGAAGAUCCCAAUUUACUAUAUUGGGAACAUGGCCAGGCGGUGUAUGGUCGUGUAUCAAACUUACAUAGGAGCCAUGAACGACAACAUCAAGCGGCUAUUCCGGCAGCGCAUGGCUGAGGCUGAAGCCAGAGGAGACAAGAGUACAACCGCGGGUCCGUGGGACUUCAAAUUCGUGAGGAGCGUAAGGAACUUGGAGCGCUUUGACGAUGUGGGUGGCUGUGUCAUGCUUGCAUCUCCUGGUAUGUUGCAAACGGGAACUAGUCGAGAGCUCUUGGAGCGAUGGGCACCAAGUGAACGUAAUGGUGUUAUCAUGACCGGCUACAGUGUUGAGGGCACAAUGGGGAAACAGAUCCUCAAUGAACCCGAACAGAUUCCCGCUGUGAUGAGCGCUAGAACCGCCGCUGGGCCCGGUCGCGGCAGAAUACCGGAUGGCGAUGAGGAGCAGAAGGUCAUGAUCCCACGCAGAUGUACUGUUGAAGAAAUCAGCUUUGCUGCCCACGUUGAUGGCGUGGAGAACCGUGAAUUCAUAGAGGCAGUCGCCGCGCCUGUGGUGAUUUUGGUCCAUGGUGAAAAACACCAGAUGAUGAGGCUCAAAUCUAAACUUCUCAGCUUGAACGCAGAAAAGACCGUGAAAGUGAAAAUAUAUUCGCCUACCAAUUGCGAGGAAAUUCGAAUUCCAUUCACCGUCGACAAAGUUGCAAAAGUAGUGGGACGACUUGCAGAAACUUCACCACCAGCCGCAGACCAAGAAUCGCGGCUCAUGAAUGGCGUCCUUGUUCAGAACGGGUUUCAACUUUCCAUGAUGGCCCCAGAGGACUUGCGAGAAUAUGCUGGAUUGACGACCACCACCAUUACCUGUAAACAGCACAUAACUCUGGGCACGGCGAGCAUUGACCUCAUCAGAUGGGCAUUGGAGGGCACUUUUGGGUCAAUAGAAGAAAUUGGCACACAGCGCCAAGAGGCUGCUACAAACGGACGUGUUAAGGAACACGAGGAUGAAAAUGCUGCCACUGUUAAAGAGGACGAAGCAGACGAGGAAAUUCCUCUCGAUGAUACAAUUGCCUUCCUGGUAAUGGGCUGCGUUAUCCUGAGAUAUAGUCCACGAACCAGGGCAGUUGAGCUUGAGUGGGAAGGCAAUUUGAUGAAUGAUGGAGUUGCUGAUGCUGUUAUGGCUGUCCUCCUGACCGUAGAGAGCAGUCCCGCGGCUGUUAAACGUUCGAGCAAGAACAAGCACUGCCACUCCCAUAGCACAUGCGAAUUCCCUAAUCCCCAUUCUUAUCUCACACCAGAAGAACGAUUCUCCCGUCUGCUGAUGGUGCUCGAAGCCCAAUUUGGUUCCAACAUUGCACCAAUUGAGCGACCGAAGAUAACUCGCCCGGCCGCCAAUGCUAAAGCUAACGGGACUGCAGGCAUUAAAGCCGAGUCAAGUGCCCCCACGCCGGAUAGUGAGGUCAAACAAGAUGAACCUGAGCUAGACGAGGAGGACCUCGACGACCUUGAAGAAGUGGAAUUAGUUCGCCUUCAAGCGUUGGGUAUCCCUGUCCCCGGCAUUGAAAUUAAAGUCGAUAAGCACGUUGCCCGCGUGUGGCUUGAGACAUUGGAGGUUGAAUGCUCGUACCCCGUGUUGAGAGACCGGGUGAGAGUGGUGGUCGAGCGGGCUGUGGAGACCGUGGCGGAUCUGUGGAGUUCCAAGGCGGCAUCUCCGCGAACAGGUGUGUUAAAUGACAAGCUGCAUGAUGAAAAGGUUGAUAAAGCAGCAGUUAAACAGGAAACGGAACUAAUUAAAGGGGAAAACAUGUGA